AGUUGUGUGUUAGUUCCUGUUAGCGCUGCUCAGUCAGCUGUCACAGUCUGAAAGGAGAAGAACACGGAAAUAAUAGCCACAGGACAGAGGAGAGAUAGCACACAAGCAAAAUGUCCAGUUUUUCCAACAAGUUUGACGGCUACACGAUGACGCAGCUCAACGAAAUCCUGGAAGACGACAAUAAACUGACGAAAAUGGUAAACAAAAUGGACGAGAUGCAGGAUGUCCAGCAGAGCAAAGAGAAAACUCUGGCCAACAACCGAACCCUGGCUGAGCAGAACCUGGACCUGCAGCUUGAACUGGAGCACAAGAAAGAGCAGCUCACUCAGUGCUACACCUGUCUUCAGGAGAGCUUUGAGUCCUAUCAGCUACGCAAAUCCUCCUUCGACCACAAGUCAGGAAAUACUUCUCUGGACACACUACUGGCCCUGCUGCAGACUGAAGGAGCUAAGAUAGAGGAGGAGACAGAGAAUAUAGCUGAUUCAUUCCUGGAUGGGGACAUGACACUGGACGCCUUCAUCGACACCUAUCAGAGUCAAAGAAAACUGGCUCACUUGAGAAGAGUGAAAAUUGAAAAACUUCAGGAGAUGGUGCUGAAGGUCCAGACACUGCCCCAGGUGUCUGUCCCCACUUCCCGAUCGCAAGACGUGUCCGCAUCAGCCUCCCUCCUGGACAACUCUAGCAACGGUUCCUCUCCUGUUCCCCAGCCCAGAAGAAAACCACAACCUCCUCCAUCCCAGCCAGCCCCGAUUCUAAAUUCAGACCCAUCCUCCACCACUGCCCCUCAGCCAUCUGUCUUCUAUACAGUAUCACCUUAUCCACCCAUUCCACCCAGAACAGGCCAGCCCUUCCCUGGUGUCUCCUCUGGUUAUCCCAGCCAUUGCAUGCCACAGUAUCCCCCUUCUGUUCCACAGAGGCCCCCACCACGCAUUGCCCCACAACCUGGCUUCAUACUGCAAUAAAACAAAGCAGUUUCCAACUCACAGGAUGCACUGCAUUUGGUAGACUUUUUACCACUGGGACUCUUUUGACAACAACUGAGUUUCUGUCAGGCCUCUGCCUUCUUAGGAUUAUGACUAAUUACAACAGAAGAGGGCAGACCUGGGGCUGGCUGGUCUAGUCAAAAUUCAGCUGAAGCAGAUCUCCACUAAUCACUGCAGAUUUGUGCUCACUCCCUUCAACAUUCCCAUCUAACAAAAAAAGAAAAGAAAAGAAAAAAACAUUUGAAGUGAUCAGUUGGCGAUCUGUCCCUUACAGGGAAGGGCCCCGUCACAGGCUGCAGUGAAACAAGUGUCUCUUUAUGAGUCACCUUGUGCCUCCAGGCUGUUGCCCUCAGCUCUGCAGACCGAUUACAUCUCUGUCUCUCUGCUCUCUUGAAACAUGCUCCUCAGGCUUUCUGGGGAUCACUAAAGUCACUCCAAAAAAAGAGGGUUUAAAUGUCCGCUCCAUCCGCACCAUAACAAUGUAACUUAUAAUGUAUAUCCAAGCAAAGAGAUACCCUAAUUACUGUGCAGUUCUAAUGAAAAUAUUAGUUCACAUUAGGUGUGAAGACAGUUGGUCCAUCUCAGGGGCAGUGGUCAAACAGAGUCAGAGGCAAGAAUAAGAGGCUGAAACACACAAAUUAGUCUUGGGAGUGUGAAGGAUCUGUGUAUAGCCAUACUUUACAUGAUAGGUGUGUAUUGUUUGUUCUGUUCUGAAAUACAAACAGUCCUUUGUUUAAAACCAUGUCUAUUGUUCACAUUCAUAUUUCAAUGCAAUUGAAAAUAAUGCCAAAUAGGGCUGUCACUUUUUGUCAUUUGUGAAUAAUAAGAAGAAUUAGGGCUAAUUUUGAGUUUUAAAAGUUUUUAAGAAUUCUCAGGAGGUCUAAAGUAGUUUAGUCUGGGUUCAUUCAGCAGAGCACCCUUAGUGCAGCUUAGUAACAGUAUCCCUCAGUUACAAUCAAUAAAGGCAUUGAUUUUUGUUGUCUCUUUUAUUUAGCAAGAAAGCUAAUAAGUGCUCUUGGUCAGACAAAUAGAACAAGUUGUUUCCAUUCUUGCAUACUGGUUUGCUUACUUACUACUUUGAACAGUAGUGAACUAUCGACCGCAACAUGACUUAAAACAAGUUUUUCAAAAAAAGAGUUGGUGCUACCACCAGCAUUCAGUGCAUUCAGUAAAGCACACUGCUUAACCAGACAGUUGCUCCUGUGCUGAAAGUAAGAACGGCUGAAACACAACCUAAAAUUUAAAGCCUUUUUACCAGGCCUUUUUUUAGUGUACACUUCUGUCUAAGCAUACACAAAUACCAGAAAUGCUAAAAGACACAAAUAGGACACUGCUAAAAAUAGUACAAGGGAUAUGACAGAUGUUUUAAUUUCUCCUGGUGGUCAACAUGCUGCAUCUAAUUCAUUAGACCUUUUGUUUUUAGGAGGAAGUGACAACCCUAGUGCCAAACAAGUGUGGAUUCUACUUUUGUGAUUCUGUUCAGUUUUCUAUAACAUCAGGCACCAAAGACUGUGGACUUUUCAAAACUAUGUUGUUGAUGCAUCAUUAACAGAAAAAUAUCUGCCAUUGUUCCCAAUUGUGAUCAUGUAUUAGAAAUUUAAGUUGCCAUUUAGAGACAAAACACUAAUCUACAGGCCUUGAGAUUGGUAAAUGUUAUCAUAAUAACCAAACAUGGUUAUCAGAUGCUGUAGAUAGAGAUCUGAAGGUUUUGAGACCAUGAGUUGCUCAGUGUCAACCAUGACACAAUAUGUAACCAUGCAAGCCAUGGAACAGGUAACGUUUCUGUGGAAGUCUGUCAAAUCUAUUUGUUUUAACUAAAGAAAAAAAAACACGUUGCUGUGCACUGUUCGAGAGCCACGAGUGCCUACAUUUGAAAUAACGUCAGCGGAGUCCUGCUGACUAUUACUCCACAUUUCUCUAUGCUCCACUGUAGUGUUUAGUUCCCAACUAUCAAUUGAAUAUUCAAUUGAAAAGAAAGGCCAGACAUUUUUUGCUGUUCUUCUGCUGCCAUUAAAUGUUUACGUUAAACAAACAGUAGAAAUAAAAAGAGCAGCGUCUG